AUGAGUGACACGGCACCACCACCGCCGCCAGGACCGCCGCUCUGGCCCCCUAAUCUCCCUCACGACUCGCUCAAAGUCAACAUUAUCGUAUCCUCGGCCAUUUGCUGGGCAAUCGCCGCUUGCUUUGUGGGAUUACGGUUCUACACGAGAGGAGCUAUCAUCCGCGUGCUGAGCUCUUCGGAUUGGAGCAUACUCGCUGCGCUGGUAUUUGCAGCGGCAACCUGUGCUGGAAUAAUAGAACAGGCCGUCCAUGGCGCCGGACAGCAUGUGUGGGAUCUUGACCCAACUGACACGGCUUCCGCAAUAGCCUGGGGGAGGGCGGCCUGGUAUGGCGUCCUCUUCUACAACCUCUCGCUGUGCUUCUCCAAAGUGUCCAUCUUGUUGCUCUACAUCCACCUUUUCUCCUUCAAGUGGGCCCGCACGGCCGGCCAGGUCCUGCUUGCCAUUGUCAUCCUCACAAACAUCUACAUGGCUCUCGUCGCAUUUACUGCUUGCAUCCCGCUGCAAGCAUACUGGGACUUCACUCUGCAGAAGCAGUACUGCCAUCCGCAGAGCUUCUGGUGGUCAAGUACCGGGAUGCACAUGGUUACCGACUUCCUAAUCUUCCUCCUUCCAAUGCCGGUCGUAUGGAGCAUCCAGCUCCCCAGACGCCAAAAGCUCAUCCUCUCAGGGGUAUUCGGCUUUGGGUUUCUAGUCUGCUUCAUCUCCAUCCUCCGCCUAAUCCAACUCCUCCGCGCCCAAACCGACCCAGACUUCACCUACGUAGCCGCCGAACUCUCCUACCUCACCGCGGUCGAGAUCAACGGCGCCAUCGUAUGCGCAUGUGUCAUGACCCUCAAGCCGUUACUCGUCAAAUUCUUCCCGCGCAUCCUCGGCUCACGGUCGCGCGACCUGCGCUCUUCCCGCUCCGGCUCCAACGCCUACCGUGCCGGGACCGACACACUUGUCGGAGGCCCGCCCACGAUCGGCAGCCGCCCGUCAAAGGCCAGACUGAGCCCGGCGAAUUAUAUUGACGGGGAGGUCAUGGGGAUGGGCAUGGGGAAACGCCCCCGUGGCGCGUGGGUGGAUAGCGGGUACAUGGAGAUUGAUGAUGUUUGUGGGGUCGAGGUGGAGAUGACUGAGCAUGUUGUGAGGGCACCGCCGCCGGUGGUGAGGGAUGAUGUUGAGAUGCAGAGGUGGCCGCCGCCGCCGCCUGAGAAUGGAGUGGUGAGGGUUCAGACCGAGAUUACGAUUGUUAAGGAGGACAGGUAGGGUCUCUUUAUGGUGCGACGGACCGUCAUGGAAUGUGCUGCAUUUAGUGUCUAUUUCGUAAUGCUCGGCUGGUUGGGGGCUGGAGGCGUUCAGGGGGGACAGGGGCUUGUUUGCAUGGCUUGGGCCAAAGCACGAUACCGGACAUGAUGAUGCUGGUGUCAUGUGGCCAAGGCAUCAGGCUGAUUGUAUGUCAAGCUAAGGGCACUGCUAGGAAUUCCAAAAGGAACAAAAAGCGCUGAUCAUUGUGUUUGCAAAAGCUUCAAAACGCUAAUU